AUGGCAUCAACAACAUGUUUUGUCAACAAGAAUGCAUUUCCUAUGAAAGUGGUUACUCCUAUCUUUCAUUCAUAUCCUGAACCUCUUGCAAAAUAUGAUGAUGUUGUGGCAAAUCCAAAGCUAUUCAUGGUUACUUUGGAGAAGCUUCAUGCUUCUAUGGGCACCAAGUUCAUGAUUCCCAUUAUCGGAGGAAAAGAGCUAGAUUUGUGUCGACUCUUCAUUGAAGUUACUUCUCGUGGAGGGAUUGAGAAGCUUAUGAAAGAGAGAAGAUGGAAAGAAGUAACAGCAGCUUUCAACUUUCCAUCAACAGCCACAAAUGCUUCCUUUGUUCUGAGAAAAUACUAUUCUUCAUUACUUUAUCACUAUGAACAAAUCUACUAUUUUAGAGCCAAUCGUUGGACACCUGCACCUUCUGAUUCUUUGGAUAAUCAAUCAACCAUGACAAUUCCUCCUUCAAUCACACAGUUUUUGCAACCUUCUCCAGUAACACAAUCAGUUAUCUUUCAAAAAUCAGGACUUAAUAAUGCUUCUGAAUUGCCUCAAGGUUCUUCACUCGCUGGAGUUAUUGAUGGAAAAUUUGAAAGUGGAUACCUAGUUUCAGUUUCGUUAGGCUCAGACAUACUCAAAGGUGUACUAUAUGAGUCACCAAAGAGCAUUAUGAUUAAUAAUAACAGUGUUGCCGGUACUGCAUUGGGCGUUCAACGUCGCCGAAGGAGGAGGAAGAAGUCGGAGAUAAAAAGGAGAGAUCCUGCUCAUCCAAAACCUAACAGAAGUGGUUACAAUUUCUUCUUCGCGGAGCAACAUGCUAGAUUGAAGCUACUAAACCAAACCAUGGACAAAGAUAUUAGUAGAAUGAUUGGUGAACUAUGGAACAAUUUAAAGGACUCGGAAAAAACAGUUUAUCAAGAGAUGGCUAUUAAGGAUAAAGAGAGAUACAAAGCGGAAAUGGACGAUUAUCGCGAUAAACUAAAGACGAACAUUGUAAUCGAUGAUGCAAUGCCACUGCAACAACAAUUUCCAGAAGCAAAUUCAUCUUUGGUAGAUGUUGACAUAAAAAUGCAUGAUUCAUUUCAGACUCCAGAAGAGAGUAGUUCUGGUGGAAGUGAUUAUGUUGGAGAUGAUAUCAACAUGGAUGGUUCUUCGGGUGGAGCAAGAGUUGAUUCUGAAGCUUUUUUGGAUUCGGAAAAGGUUUCAAAAGAUGGAGUUAUUGAAGUUGUUAGUCAUUGUGAGGGAGAAGUGGAUGCUGGAAGAGUUGAAGAUCAACAUAAUCAAAAAAUGAAUGAGAAUCAAAACAUGUUAGCCUUACUUUAG